CAAAAAACAUUCAAAAUUCACCUCGCGUAAGCGCUUUACGAAUUUCACCAAAAAGAAAGCUUCGGAGCUUUCCAUAAGUAAAGUGAAAUGGUCUUUCUUACUCAGUGAUCAGUGAUUAUUCAGUGUUUUUCGGUGAACGUGCGUGGAAGUACAUAAUUCAACAGAUCUUUCUAAAUAUAGCACAAAGAAGAAAGUGAAUUUUAUAUUUUCGUAUACAACUAAGGAGCUAUUAACUCAAAAGAACUCGAAGAAACAUAGCGAUUUUAAUAACUAAACAAUAUAAAACAACCAAUUUGUGCAUUCUUCAAUUGUGAAAUGGAUUUGCUUUUCCUCAGCAAACGUAUUUUCCUUGGCACCGAGCAGGGCUUCUUGAACGGUGGCAUUAUCGUCGACACAGAGGGCAUAAUACGUAAGAUCUUGCGCACUGCGCAAGAGGUGAAUACUUAUGUCUACAAUACGGAAUCGGAAGCGGUCUAUGACUUUGGCGACAAAGUACUCAUGCCGGGUCUGAUAGACGCGAAUGUAAACGUCAGCGAACCGGGGCGUAAGGAUUGGGAGGGAUUUGUGACGGCAACCAAAGCAGCAGCGGCAGGCGGUUUCACAACGAUUAUCGAUCGACCGACUAACACUAUACCGCCAACAACUAGCGUCGCGGCGUUAAAGACAAAAUCAGGUGUGGCGCGUGGAAAAAUCUACGUAGAUGUCGGUUUUUGGGGUGGCCUAGUGCCUGAGAAUGCCAAGGAAGCCGAACCGCUACUAGGCGCCGGUGUUAUAGGCCUACAAUGUACUCUAUCACCUACCCCCGCGCCAGUUGGUGAUGCUUUUCCGGCCAUAAAUCGAAAAGAGCUAGAGGAGGUGAUUGAAAAGCUGGAGGAUGGAACCGUUGUGGCUUUCAACGCUGAACUGCCAUUGAAGACUCACAUCGCACCUGAUGAGGAAGAGCCCAAAAAAUAUGAGUCUUUCUCGCGCACACGUCCUGCCGAAAUGGAGGUCAAUGCCGUGCAAUUGAUCAGUCAAUUGGCCACAGCAUAUAAGGGUAAACAUAUGCACAUCAUGAAUGUGAGUUCCGCCGAUGUGCUACCCAUCGUGGCGCAAUGUAAACGCGCAGGCGCCAACCUAACCGUCGAAACGUGUCCACACUAUCUAACACUGUGCGCCGAGCAAAUCGAGGAUUGUCACACUGAGUUCAAAGCGCAGCCACCAAUACGCAGCAAAUCGAAUCAACCAGCGCUGUGGGACGCUUUGAAGAACGGUUGUGUGGACAUUAUUGCUUCAAACCAUUCGCCAGCGACACCGGGCGUGAAGUGUUUGAAUUACGGUCGCGCACGUGGAAACUUUUUGAAUGCUUGGCCCGGCGUUUCCUCUUUACAAUUGGGGCUCUCAGUAGUUUGGACGCACUGUCAGACGCAAGGGCUUGGUAUGGAGCACAUAUAUCGUCUGAUGUGUCAAAACCCCGCUGUGCUCUGCGGUCUUUCGAGUUUCAAAAGCAAAAUUGAGGAGGGUUAUGAUGCCGACUUUUGUAUAUGGGAUCCAGAAGAGGAAUUUAGCGUGUCAGCGGAUAUGCUGUUCUCCACCAAUAAGGCUACACCGUAUAUGGACCAACGUCUACGCGGCGUAGUACAUGCCACCGUUGUGCGUGGCUUACACGUUUAUCAGCAGUACGAGGGCUUCGGUCAGCCACUGGGAAAGGUGUUGCUGCGUAAAACUACUAAGAAAAUUGUGAAAUUUGUGCGCAUGUAAAGUACAGAAGCCUCUUAAAACUCGGAAAAUAAAUUUUUUAAAUGGUUAAUUAUUA